UCGGGACUCUGGGAAAUCUUCCAAAUGGCCUGCGAUGGGGACUACGAAUCUGCAUUUACCCCGUGUUGGGCACACCCCAGGGUGGCGGAAACCAUGGUCAGAUGCUGCAACGGCUUCGACGCUAAAAACCGAGCAGUCUCGAAAAUAGACAAGCUCAAAAUAAGAGCCAAUCGAACAACCUGGGAGAAUGUGACGGCCAAAACCCACAUUCUAGCCCCAGACGCACCGUUCACGACCCACAUCAGGGACAUAAUCCUCGACGGAAUCAAGGCAGCGGAGAAUCUUGACCUAGACCACGGAGAGGAAGCCAAAGUCGAGAAUCUCUUCCCGAACGUCUGGUCUCAAGACCGCCAAAACAUCGAAGAACGAUUCGCUCGUCUGAAUGUCGCUGAAGCCACGGGAAGCGACUAG